UGGAGGUGAUUCUAUUGAAGUUCGUCCCGCCCUCCCCCCCUCAAAAAAAAAGAAGGGAGCGAGGGCGCUCCCAGCCUCCCAAGUCGGAGUCAGGACACAAACUUUACGCACAAGUUUCCUUUAGGAGCACAGCAGCGCUGCACAGACGCAAGGCUAAAGGACACAAGAGUCUUUCUCAUCUGGGAUAAGAUCUAGCCUGAAGAGACGCUUUUUCUUUGAAGAACUGACUUACAAUUUUAUUUUUUUGUACUUUUUUAAAUGCAAAAUGAACAUUCAGAGAGCAACGUUGUUUUUAAGUUGGAUGUUUCUGUGCAUGGACAUGUGUCUAAGCCAGAAAGACUGCACAGGCGUGGACUGUCCUGAUCUGCAGAGCUGCAUUGAGUCAGUUUUAAAGAAGGGCGCCUGCUGUCCCACCUGUGUACAAAAGGGCUGCACCUGUGAGGGUUACCAGUACUACGACUGCGUCCAAGCAGGCUUCCAGGAAGGGAAAGUCCCAGAGAGGGAAUCUUACUUUGUGGAUUUCGGAAGCACUGAAUGCUCCUGUCCCGAGGGAGGUGGCAAGAUAAGCUGUCAUUUUAUUCCAUGCCCCGAGAUUUCCCCCAACUGCAUUGAUAGUUCACAACCUGCAGACGGUUGUCCAAUAUGCAGACGAAUUGGCUGUACCCAUGGCACCAAGAAGUACGAGGCGGGGCACUCGUUUCAGAUGGACCUGUGUCAGGUUUGCCACUGUCCAAAUGAUGGUGGAAAGUUAAUGUGUUCACCUAUCCCAGGCUGUGACCUUCGCAGUUCCAACAAUCCCAUGUGGGUUACCACCACUGAGAACAACAGCCCUUUGAGAGACAUUAGCAGUCGUCCUGACAGCCGACAAACAAGUCCUGUGGAACCAUUUUCCAAGCUGGCACUGGGGAACACUCUACCACUGUAUAAACCGGACCCACCCAGUUUUGGCACAGGGGAUUAUGACUACACACUGGCAGGGCCGACGUCUUCCACUAUCCAAGAUCUGGCCCAACCACUGGAAUCUACUACAGUACCACCAGUUUACCCAGAGUCAAGCUCCACUUCCUUCAGCUCCCAUGAUGACAGGAGACAUGAGCUGAGGGAGACACAAAAAAGCUCUGAUUCAGUGAGCAGUGAGGCUGAGGUCACACAGAACACGGAUCCAACCACCACAGGGCUUCAGAGCGAAACAUCAACAUCGUUGACGACAACCACACAAGGAGUGACCACAGAGAACCAGCUGCAACAGGAAGUUAGUGAAAGGACCAUUAGACAUAACAAUGACAGACACAGAGUGGCACAGGACACUUUAAAAGACACCGCCCGUGCAAACAAGGAGGCCAGGCGCUCUGACCGUCACAAACAUAGUCAAGGCACUCGCACAGGGAGUCAUGGCGGCCCCCAUUCUGCUGGCCGAAAGGAGCAGGAAAAGGUGUCUGCAGAGUAUAGGCAGCCGCUCGGUAAAGAGGAGCAGGUCUCGCAUCCCACAAUAGAGCUCAGUCCCACCAGCAGAACUCCAAUCAGGAUGAGGGAGGAUGGACAGCAAAGACAAUCCCAAACCCUCAACAACUACCAGGAUGCGAGGGGAGACUCUGAAGUGUCUGCCAAGGAGCUGGUGAAGACCUGCUGCGAGACAGGGGAGAAAUGGGCUUCAGCUAAUGGUCACUGCAACAACAUGGAGCCUCCCACAAAAGAUAGACACUCCAUCUGCUGGACUGCCCAACAACAGUGCUGCCGCGGCUCCCUGAGAGAAAGUCGGUGUUUGGCUGGAAUGACUGCAGCCAGAGCAGGAAAUACGUGUCAAGAGGAUGCCAGCGAUAAAUGUGGGAUCGAUUCCUACAAGGAGUGCUGCGACUGCUGCUCUCUGGGGCUGCGUUUCCACCGUGAGGUGCAUCGCUGCGAAGCCCACCUGCACCUGGGCUUCCACUGCAGACACGUCUUUCUAAAAUGCUGCGAGGGGGAGCAGAGCAGUACGGGGAAUCAAGAUGGCUGGCAGAGAGUCAGAGAGAGGCCCGCUCUGGACUCCAGUCCACCGCCAAAAAAAGCAGUAUCCGACAGCCCGUACCCAAAAGAGGCCUUCUCCAUUGCCGAUGAGCGGGGUGGGGAGAAUGCAGUGGAGGGUCCCGUUGAGGUGGAGGACAUGGAUGAGUGCCUGAUAUAUGAGGGCAACAUCUGCCACCACAGAUGUGUCAACACGCCGGGCUCUUACCGGUGCGAGUGCUUCCCGGGAUACGUGCUGCAAGAGGACGCUUUCACAUGUGUGCAAGAGACGGUGGACGAGGAGAACAGACUGAAGGAGGAUGACAGAGCAGCAGCGGAGCCCACUUCACCGCUUCCGCCCCCCACCCAGCCCACUGUCCCACUCAACCCCUGUGAAGGAAACGGCCCAUGUGAGCAACACUGCACCUCAGUGGGCGGAAGGCCACAAUGCUCCUGUUUCCCAGGAUUCUCCCUUACAUCUGAUGGACGCUCCUGCGAGGACAUAAAUGAGUGUUUGUCCGUGAGAGCCUGCCAGUUGAAUGAGCGCUGCGUGAAUACUGCAGGGAGUUACAUCUGUCAGAGACCGAUCACAUGUCCCCCGGGAUACCAGAUCAACAAUGGCAUUUGCAAAGACAUCAAUGAGUGUGUGCAGGGGACCCAUAACUGUGGGCUCGGCUUUGAGUGUGUGAACACGGAGGGCUCGUUCAGGUGCAACCCCAGACCUCAAUGUCCUGUGGGCUAUAACCAGGACGCACAGGGCAUGUGUGUAGACAUUGACGAGUGUGCUGCUUCGCCCCAGCCAUGUGGUCUGGCAUUUAACUGCGCCAACACUGUGGGAUCCUACAUGUGCCAUAGGAAGAUAAUUUGCAGCCGUGGUUAUCAUGCCAGUCCUGAUGGCUCCACAUGUAUCGAUGUGGACGAGUGUCAGAGCGGUCUGCAUCGAUGUGGAGAGGGCCAGCUGUGCCACAAUCUGCCUGGCUCAUAUCGUUGUGAAUGCCAGACAGGCUAUCAGUAUGACUCAUUCAGAAGAAUGUGUGUAGAUGUAAAUGAGUGCUGGCGCUACCCAGGCCGCCUGUGUGCCCAGACCUGCGAGAACACCCCAGGCUCCUAUGAAUGCUCGUGUACAACUGGCUUCCGCUUAUCCGGCGAUGGAAAGAACUGUGAAGAUAUGAAUGAGUGUUUGGCCAGCCCAUGCAGCCAGGAGUGUGCCAACAUCUAUGGUUCCUACCAGUGCUACUGCAGACAGGGCUACUACCUCCGGGAGGACGGGCACACCUGCGAAGACAUCGACGAGUGCUCCCAGAGCAUUGGCCAUCUGUGUACCUACAAGUGUGUGAACGUUCCUGGCAGUUACCAGUGUGCUUGUCCUGAGUAUGGCUACACCAUGUCUCCAAAUGGGCGCUCUUGCAGAGAUAUCGACGAGUGCGCCACAGGGGCCCAUAACUGCUCUCUAGCUGAGACCUGCUACAACAUCCAAGGAGGGUAUCGUUGCCUUUCUCUCGACUGUCCACCAAACUACCGCAAAGGGACGGACACGCGCUGUGAGCGGAUCAGCUGUCCCAACUACCUGGACUGUCAAAACUCCCCUCUGAGAAUCACCUACUACUACCUCAGCUUCCAGUCCAACAUCGUCGUCCCUGCUCAGAUCUUCCGCAUCGGACCCUCCCCCGCCUACUCGGGAGACAACGUCAUCGUGACCAUCACGCAGGGAAAUGAGGAAAACUACUUCAGCACCCGGAAGCUGAACGCCUACACGGGCGCUGUGUACUUAAAUCGACAGGUCGAGGGUCCCAGGGAUUUCUCGAUCACUGUGGAGAUGAAGCUUUGGAGACAGGGGACGUUUACCACUUUCCAGGCCAGGAUCUUCGUCUUCAUCACGGCCAACUCACUCUAACAGUGAGAGACGUGCUGUGGCCACCAUGGACCUUUUCCGUUAACACUAUUUAACAAUGUUAUAAAGUAUACCACUGUCUGUCAUGAUUGGUUUGAGUAGUUAAUCUCGCUUGUGUCCAGUCCAGUCGAAGUUCAUUUUAAAGGGACAGUCCACCCCAAAAUCAAAUAUACAUAUCUUUCCUCUUACCUGUGGUGCUGUUUAUCAGCCUAGAUUGUUUUGGUGUUAGUUGCUGAGUGUUGGAGAUAUCAGCUGUAGAGAUGUCUGUAAUGGAACUAGAUGGCACUCAGCUUGUGGUGCUCAAAGUGCCGAAAAAAUACAUUUGAAAAACUCAACAGCAAUGUGUCUUUCCAGAAAUCAUGACUCAGUUACUCAAGAUAAUCCGCAGACCUUGUUGUGAGCAGUUUCCCAUAGGGACUACUUUCUUUCUACAGAGCUCACACAACAACCUCUGCUCUGAAAAAAGUGUGCAUCUACUCAUGGACGAGAGGCUUGUGCUCUUGACAGCCCGAGAUAUUAACAUUAAUGGCAUCCCACUUAGCUUAGCUGUAAUUUUAGCUAGCUCAGUGGUGCUAGAUGAGCUAGCAGAGGAUGCACACCUCCUUCCACGCAAAAAAUAGUCCCUACAUGAAAUUGCUCACAACAAGGUCUGUGGAUUAUCUUGAGUAUCCGAUCAUGAUUUUUGGAAAGAGACAUUGCUGUUGUGGUUUUCAAAUGUAUUUUUUUUUUGGCACUUUGAGCACCACAAGCCGAGUGCCAUCUAGAUCCAUUAUAUUUGAGAAAAGGUAGACAUGUCUAAGACUCAACAACUCACACCAAAUUAAUGUAUUUUGAUAAAUAGCACUACAGGUAAGAGGAAUAUGUAUAUGUAUACUUGAUUCCGGGGUGAACUGUCCCUUUAAAGCAUUGCUGUAAAAGUAGUGGAAUAUUCAAAAAGGCUUUUGAGUCUGUUUUCACCGCGACUGCAUGUAAUAUCAAAAUUAUCUUUUCUUUUAUUACCACUUCUCAGUUGAGUUGUUACUGUACGUCAUUAAUUUCCACGGUUCAAGAGAUCCAUGCAAAACACAUUCCAUAUUUUCCAAAACCCAUUAAAAUCUGAAUCCAAACAUAAUAACACAAACAUAUUUAUUUUACCAGCAGAAUGAAACAAUUUGCUGAUUAUCUCGACCAGAUGUGAGUAAAGCAUUAAAAUGAUAACUGGCUUCUAGCUUCAGCCCAGCUCUUCUUCUUUUUUGUCAUAAUGAGAGACUUGUAUCCCAGUUUUGUGCUCAAAUCAUCCUGUUAUCAGAUGGUGAUGUGUAGUUUGAUCACUCUGUGGUGAAAGCAGAGACAAAGAGUCUUGUAAGAGUUUGCAUCUCGGUGUCGCAACUUUUCUUUUACCCCGCGCUGCUGUUUUUGUUUUGUCCUCAAAGUAUUUUAUAUUAUAUAAUUUUGUAUCACUCUAUAUGCUGUAUUUUUGUAUCCCUGUAAUCAGACGCAGUAUUGAUGGAUGUAUUAUAUUUUUAUGCUAGAUUCAUAAAUUGCAAAGUAUUUUAGUAAAACAUUAAAAAACACAAGUGUA